AUGUCUUUCAGAAUCCUCGCCACCGUGGCCGUCAUGGCCUCCGCCGCCCUGGCCAAGACCGACCUGACCGGCUGCACGUCCUCCGACUCCGUCGUCACCCCGUCCGGCGGCGGCACCCCCUACGCGACCCGCGUCUACUUCGUCCCCGGCACCGGCGAGAUCUGCGCCCCCCUCGACUGCGGCGGCGGCCGUGCCCCUCCCAAGACCACCGUCCCGGGCUGCGCCGCGUACGUCGGCACCGACACCUACUCCCCGUCCUUCAUCGCCCUCAAGACCGCCUCCGCGGCCGGCGGCUACCAGACGACCCAGAUCAGCCUGACGGCCGCUCCUUCGGCCCAGGCGACUGCCUCCGCCUCCGCCGCGGCCGACAGCAGCUCGAUGAGUGGCAGCCAGUCUGGCGACUACAAUGUCCAGACCGGUUCGGACACCCUCAUGACCGUCAGCACCUCCGCUGGAGACGCCCCGACGGCCGCGGCUGGCAAUGGCACUAUGGCCACGACCACUUCGAGAAGCCGGGCUACUGGCAGCAACGGACUCAACGGCACCAGCUCUCAGACGAGCGUCCCCAACGCUGCGGCCGCCGGUGUCUCUAACAUGUAUGGUCUCAUGGCCGGCGUUGCUCUCGGCGCGGCCGCUCUCUUGUAG